GUAAUUUUGUGGCCUUCCCUAGUACCCAAGGUGACGUGUACUUUAACGGAGCGUUAUCUGAACGGCUCCGAGAAGGGCAUAACCGAGGGUUGGAUGUGUUAUUUUUCAGGACGUUGUGCGAGAGGACACAAGUGUUCUACGAUCUCUCGUAUCGAGAUGGAUCUGCAGUUCCUUGAGAGCGGGCGGACGUGCACUUCGACGGGCCGUAAUGGGACCACUGACUGAAGCAAGAGCUGAACAAGGAUGGAAGGAGAAUCGUCAACGUCACCAAAACUGUCUUCGCAUGCAAUGCCGAUUGAUCGCAGAGCUGCGGAUAAUAUGGUUGUAUUAUUAGAUGGCUGGUUGGACAACCAAAGAGAAGGGAAACCUAAAAAAAUUCAUCGAAGUCAGGAUCAUUCAGAAUUUCGGACUAACCUUAUGUUGGUACAAACGGCAUAUUCAACUGUGGCUGUGGUAAACUCCCAUGAAUGCGCCUUGGUGCUAGUCUACAGCAAGUUCUUGGACGUUCACACAGGCAGGGAUCUUGCAAAUAUUCUUGUUUUUCUGGCUAUCCAAACUGACGUCAAUGAUAAUGAACGCCUAGUCAACCUUGCCAUGAAGGUUGUCAAGGAAUUGACUUAUGCUAUUGCGCAGAACAGUUUCGGCGACGCAUGGAAAUCCAGAGCCUUAGAAAAAGAUAAUACUAGGGAGUUUCGAGGUGGCAACGGUUAAGAAUGUAUGAGGAUCGAAAUUUAGGAUGUCAGUUUCAAGGAUAUCAUCAGCAAGAUCUUCCGCUAGUACUAGAAACCACUGCGUCCUGAUAACAUUCUUCCCUUGUGUGGGAUUGCCUACAGGAUUUGGCCCAGUACU